ACAGGUGCAGCAAGUUGGAGUAGGUCUUGUUUUUAGUUUACGUUUAUAUGACAAGACGAUCUAGUUCUCACCCGAAAGUAAAUCACGAAAUCACGUCAGAAGGUAGACGAAGGAAAACAAGAGGAUGUGCGAGAGCUUUUAGUAAACUUAAUGAACACAGCGCCGAGCAAACGAGAACUGCAGCAUUUUUUAAAGCGAUACGUACCCCAGCCCGAACUCACAGCAUCACAUCUUUUAUCUGGCAGUGGAAACGCGGCACGAAUACCAUCCAACAUACUAUCGCCCCAAAAGUACGUCGACGCGCUACUAGCACCUUCAGCACAUCAACUUGCCGUGACCAAAGUGGAGGGUCCGUUUGAAAAGCAGGGGUGGGAUUCCGUUGGAUCGACACUUGUCAAACUGCAGAAGCUCGGUCUAACAUCGAUCGUGGUGUCCGAUAAUGCACAAUGGUUUGUGGAAACUGAAACACCUGCAGAUCUGAGCAAAACGAUGGUGCGAGAGACAAUGGCACUCGUUGAAAGCAUUGAGAAGGCUGGUGGACGCGCUCGACUUAUCCACGGUGGUGUAUUAGAGCAAGGAACACACGGAAUUGAAGCACAGCUUGAUUUCAUCCAAUCUUCCCUGGACAAUCGACAAAUCCCGGUAGUCAUACCCGUCAUGACAAGCGAAGCUGGCCGGCAGCAGCCAAUCACCGGGAACCAAGUUAUAAUUGCAUUGACGCAAAAAAUGGUUCGUAGACAAAGCAACAACAGUCCGGUACCUGCCAAGAUCGUCAUUAUCAAUAAUGAUGGUGGUAUUGUCAACCACGAACGGCCGGGUACAGCACAUAGUCUAAUCAAUGUCCAAGAAGAGUACGAUUCUAUCGUCAGUGCAUUUGAUCAGAACGUGGAAUGGCAGGCACGAUACCCAACAGCAGUUAGCAACCUCGAUAUGAUCCGCACCUGUCUCUCCGAUCUGCCUACGUCGUCAUCAGCUGUCAUUGUACCCACAUCGUCACUCCCUUCAGCUCUCAUCGCCAACCUAGUCACCGACAAGCCGCUCUAUUCAUCCUCUCUCCCCAACAAAGACACACGCCGUGUGAAUAAGCUCCGAACAACCGUGUUGCGACAUGGUAUUAAAAUUCACAAUUACGACAAUGUGGAUGACCUGGAUUUAGAGCGACUGACACGGUUGAUGGAGUCAAGUUUCCAGAAAAAGCUGGAUCAGGAUGGAUUUUACGACCGAUUGCGUCAAGUCCUUGCGGGUGCCAUCAUUGCUGGGGAUUACGAGGGAGCAGUCAUCAUGACAAAAGAGCAAGGAGGGCAUUAUUAUCUUGAUAAAUUUGCAAUUGCACCAACGAGCCAAGGUAUUGGAUUAACGGAUAUCUUGUGGAAGCGCAUGUGCGACGCAUAUCCAGAACUUUUAUGGCGGAGUCGUCAAGAUAAUGGAGUCAAUAAGUGGUACUUUGAACGGUCAAACGGCUACUUGCGACUCAAGGAUACCAACUGGGUAUUAUUCUGGUAUGGCGCUGGCGGGUUCCGGCACAUUGACAGUUACGCAUCUAUCGCACGAUCAAUCCCAGCAUCCUUCACCGGACCUUUGAUUAAAAUAUAGAAGUUAUUGUGUGAAUAGUUUCAAAAAUUACUGCAUCAAUGUUCUUCCUUUCAAUAUGAGCGAGGGGUGUGGUGUGAAUGGACAAAAAAGUGGAUAUCAUUGGGAGCUCGAUGCAUAUGUCUUAUUGUAAAGAUGUAAAUGGCUGAAGGGUGACGGGUUACGCUAUGUACAAAAUGAGUCACAUUUUUCCAUAUUGGAUAUGCAAGUAAUCAC